GCUAGUAUAGUUAGCAUAAUUAGCAUAUGCAGCUUUGACUAGCCUUGAUCAAAGGUGGGUGGUGAGGGCGGUGAGGCUGGGGAGGGCGGUAAGAGCGGCGGUUGUGCUUAGAGUUGGGCUUGGAAGGCAGAUUGCGUCUGCUAUACAACGCUAUACAACGCUGGUUGCGGCUUUAAUUUUUACUUAGGAUGGGCACCAAACCCAUCCUACCAUUGCAACAACACAUCAUCAGUAGGGUGGUUUGGGGACCACAGGAUUUCCUCUCUGCUCUGUGCACAUGAUGUUGUCCUGUUGGCUUCAUCGAGCCAGGACCUACAGCAUGCAUUGGGGUGGUUUGUGGCCGAGUGUGAAGCGGCUGGGAUGAGGGUCAGCACCGCCAAACCUAAAGCCAUAGAUCUCGACCGGAGAAAGGUAGUUUGCCAUCUCUCGGUGGGUGGAGUGUCGCUGCCCCAGGUGGAGGAGUUUAAACAUCUUGGGGUCUUGUUUACGAGUGAGGGAAGAUCGGAGUGUAAGAUUGAUUGGCAGAUCAGAGCAGCGUCCGUAGUUAUGUGGUCGCUGUAUCAGUCUGAAGAGAGAGUUAAGCCAAAGAGCAAAGCUCUUAAUUUACUCGUCGAUCUUCAUUCCAAUACUCACUUAUGGUCAUGAGCUCUGGGUCAUGACCCAAAGAACCAGGGCCCGAAUACAAGUGGCUGAAAUGAGCUUCCUCCGUGGGGUGGCUGAGCGCUCACUUAGAGAUGGGGUGAGAAGCUUGGUCACCUGCGGAGAGCUCGGAGUAUAACCGCUUCUCCUCCACAUUGAAGGAAGCCAGUUGAGGUGGCUCAUGCGUGUAGUCCGAAUGCUUCCUGGACGCCUCCCUGGGGAGGUGUUCCGGACAUGAAUCACUGGGCGGAGGCUCCUGCCCUCGUGACCCGAUCCCGGAUAAGCGGAGGAGGAUGGAUGGAUGGAUUGAUUGAUGGAUGGAUACAUACCGAACCGAAACUCUGUGCCAUGUUGCUGCCAGUAUCAAAUAAAAACACAAACUGGGGAUAAGAACGGGUGGAGCAGAGCCUCGGACCAGCAAAUGCACGGAGCAUCAUCCAAAAUGCUGUUGGCAAAGCCGGUCAAAGUGCAGACUGUCACGUAAAUAAAGGAUCUUAGGCACAUUAAAGCACUCUCCUUCAUCCUGUCAUGCUGCCUCAUCAUCACACUUUUUUUUUUUCUGGAAAGAAUUUAUGUUUUUAUUUUCCUUUAUUUUUGAAGCACCGUUCAGGCUCCUGAACCGUUUAAAAGUAACAAACUAAAUUAAGCAACGUUGAAAAUAAACAGCAUUUAUUUCCUCAAUCAGCCUUUUAGGGCCUUAUUGGUUUAGCAACAUCCAUUCCAUUUUUAUUCUUACCAUUUUUAUUCUUUCUUAAAGAAGAAUAUUUUGUUUUGGAAAUCAAACAAUGUUGACUGUGCCCUUUAUAUAUUUUAAGUUACCAAAAUAAAAGCACUAUGAAUUUGCUUGGGUAAGAGCAACUUAUAUAUUAUAUACAGUUGCAGGGCUUAACAUUAUGCUAAUCAAAUAAAUUGAAUUUUACACUUUUAUUCUAAUGAAAGAUGUAUUACUCUUGUUUAUCUGCUUAUUUAAUAUAACAAUAUCCUAUUUUCUAUUUGCGAUUAUGUAGGAUUUGCUGUGUAAAUUAGGGUUCUUAAUUACUCUUUCAUUUUACCCCCCACCUUAGUAGCUGGCAUAACACAUGAAUUCUUCCCUGUGAGAUUAUUUAAGUUUGAUUUAUGCAUUUAUUUAUAAACAAAACAAACUUUUUAAUGAUCACACAAGUGAAUAUAGGUGCUGUAGUACAGCUGAGGCACCCAUAUAUUAAAUAGUUGCCAGUUCCUGACUUUUCGGGUUCCCACCGUGACUAUCCCCCUCCCCCACCAAGACUGAGAGAAGGGGGAGCAGAGCAAAGCCACACCCGUUCAGCUCCUCAGGUGCAUGAUCGUCUCCCUCUCAGCUCAGGCAGCAGUGCAGACAGCUAACCGACUGGAGUUUCACAACGGGAACGAUUUUUCAUGGAAUCUAGCAGAACCUGCAGGUUUAAAAAGCGUCUGAAGAUGCUUAGGGAGCAUCACAAAAGGUGCCAGAAGAGGUACACAGAGGGCCUGAAGACCAAACAUCUACCUGUGCAGGAAUUGGAACCAGACACCAACACCAUUGCCUGUGUCCAAAGAGAAGAGUCAGAUGCAGAUGAGCCAGAGGUUCCUCCCCUGACAAGAACAGACAGUGUAUUUCUCACUAAAGACUACUGUACCAAGCAUGCCAUCGUUCAAGAUCUGUCAGACGUCCCCUCAAGCUGCAUAGAAACAACAGGUGAUGACGAUGAGUACCUCCCACCAAAGAUGCAGCACAGUAGUUCUGACGAAUCAAUAGAUUUUCCAACAAAAAUUCCAUCUAAAAGGAGGCGGGGGAAAGCUCAGAAGUCAUACAAAAGGCAAAAGCAGAGUCGUACCCCUUCUGAUGACUCUAACCACUCAGAACAUGAGGAGCCAUCUUUGAACUCGGAAAAGGUUUCUGUAUUGAAACUGAAAAAAAAAGGAAAUGGUGGUAGAGUCUAUAAUAAACGACAUUAUUGUCUUUAUUGUCCUGUUAGCUGCUAUAAAAUGGCAAGACAUUUGGUCAGAAAGCACAGCUCCGAGAUUGAUGUGGCAAAAGCCAUAAGUUUUCCUCUAAAAUCCAAGCAAAGGAAAUUGCAUUUGGAUCUCAUAAGAAACAAGGGGAACCGGGCUCACAAUAAUGAAGUUCUUAAAUCAGGGACAGGAACACUGAUUCCAGGUCAGCAGUCGUCUAACCCUGGAAAACCAAGUGACUACAUGCACUGCAUAAACUGCGAGGCUUUGCUAAAAAGAAAGUGUUUAUGGAGGCAUAUGUCACGAUGCAGACUUUCAAAAAAAUGCAGUGGACAGAAGCCUGGGAGAAGCCGAAUUCAAUCGAUCUGUGCAUUUGCUCAACCUGCCCCAGAGGGUGUGAGCGUUAAAGUUUGGGAGCUGAUUAAUGCAAUGCACCAGGAUGAGGUCUCUCAAGUGAUAAAGGGGGAAAGAACCAUCAUAAGGCUGGGAGAGCUUUUAUUUUCAAAACACGGACAUGACAAGAACAAACACGAAUAUAUACGACAAAAAAUGAGAGAAAUUGGAAGACUGGUUCUUAUUUCUAGAAAAGAGGGAAAACUGCAGGGACUUGAGGAUUUCUUCAAGCCGUCAAAUUUCAACAUAGUUGUUGAGAUGGUGAAGAAAGUGUCAGGCUUCAACGAAGACACUAAUGCAUACAAAACUCCGUCUCUGGCUCUCAAGCUGGGCCACAGCCUGAAGAAGAUUUCUGACAUUCUAGAAUGUGAGACACAAAUGUCAGAGUCAAUUGAUGAGGAGUUUCUGGAGAACAUCAAAAGGACUCGAACUUUGUUUGAAAAAAAAUGGGAUGUGUGCAUUUCAUCCCGUGCUCUUCAGACUUUAACUGAAGCCAAAUGGAAUACUCCUCAUCUGCUGCCAUUCACAGACGACGUCAAGAAAAUGCACAUCUACAUAGAUGAAUGCAGGAAAGCAUCCCAAAAUAACAUAAAAGACAAUCCAAAUAAAAAGACCUGGACAAGACUUGCUAAUGUCACUUUAUGUGAAGUUAUUCUCUUUAACCGCAGACGAGAAGGAGAAGUGUCCAAAAUGCCUUUGAGUGCAUUUACUCUUAGAGACACCGCUGGUGUUCCAUCUGACCUGGCGACCAGUCUUACAGAGUUGGAGCAGAAACUCUGUAAACAUUUCCAACGCAUUGAAAUUCGAGGUAAAAGAAACAGAAAGGUUCCAAUCUUACUUACACCUGAGAUGCUAACGUCAAUGGAAACAUUGGUUUCUCUUCGCCGCACAUGCGGGGUGCCAGACGAGAAUCCCUAUUUUUUUGCAAGACCUGAAGCGGAUACACAUCUUAGAGGGUCGGACGCAAUAAGAGAAGUUGCCCAGGCGUGUGGAGCAAAGCACCCUGAAACGUUGUCAUCGACAAAACUGAGGAAGCAGGUGGCCACGCUAUCAACAGUUUUGAACCUAAAGGAUAAUGAGAUGGACACACUGGCAGACUUUCUGGGACAUGACAUACGAGUACACAGACAAUACUACAGAUUACCGGAAGGAACGAUGCAGUUGGCCAAAGUCAGCAAAGUUCUAGUUGCCAUGGAACAAGGCCGACUCUCACAGUUCAAGGGGAUGAACAUGGAUCAAAUUCAGAUAGAUCCAAAUGAGAAAGUGUCCGAAUGUGCAGUCAGUGACGUCUCAGAGACGGAGGGCGAUUCAUCUUGGUGUUCAGCUGGAGGAUCCUCGAGAGCCAAGACGAGCCAGCUGUCAGCUGAUGAGGACUCUGAUUUAGACGGCCUUCUAAACUCAGGGACAUCAACAUCUUCAACCAAACAUCAAAUGGAGUCAAGGAGUGAAGACAGUGAAUCUGGACUCAGAAGACUGAAGAACGGACACGGUAGUGAAAAGUCUAAAAAGCGACCCUUACAAACAGAGCCCAUGGUUUCUACACAGCAGAGAGACUCAGGCAUCGAUACUGCUGAGACGGGAGCUUCAAAAAGAAGGACCUGGUCUUCAGUGGAGUGCCGAGCAGUGGAAAAGAUUUUAGGAACCUACAUUGAAGGUGGGAGGGUUCCAGGAAAAAAGGAAUGUCUUUCCUGCAUAGAAGCUUCGCCGAGGGAGCUGGAAGGACGAACAUGGCAGGCAGUCAAGUUUUUUGUUAAGAACAAAAUCACAGCACUGAGGCGGGAGAGUUCAAAAAGACGUUAAUUUUGUUAGUUAGAAUGAUUAUGUAACUCAACCUUAUUUUGUUUUCUUUUCUUUAAACCAGUGCUGGUAAAUUUAAGUUCCAAAUUUAAGCUUCAGAUACAUUAACUCAUUUAUCUUAAAGUGACCUUUUUUUCGGAAGUACUUAAUUUUCAGAUGAAACGUGUAUAGGUCAAAGGUGACCUUUUAAUUUCUGAAGCACUUAUUUUGUAUUUGAAACAUUUGUAUAGGUCAAAGGUGACCUUUAAUUUAUAAAACACUUCAUUUUUAUUUAAAACACGUAGGUCAAAAGUGACCUUUUAAUUUCUGAAGCACUUUAUUUUUUAUGUAAAACACGUGUAUAGGUCAAAGGUGACCUUUAAUUUCUGAAGCACUUAAUUUGUAUUUGAAGCAUUUGUAUAGGUCAAAGGUGACGUUUAAUUUCUGAAGCACUUAAUUUUUAUUUAAAACACGUGUAUAGGUGAAAGGUGAGGUUUAAUUUCUGAAGCACUUAUUUUGUAUUUGAAACAUUUGUAUAGGUAAAAGGUGACCUUUAAUUUAUAAAACACUUCAUUUUUAUUUAAAACACGUACGUAGGUCAAAAGUGACCUUUUUAAUUUUUGAAGCACUUUAUUUUUUAUGUAAAACACGUGUAUAGGUCAAAAGUGACCUUUUAAUUUCUAAAGCACUUAUUUUGUAUUUGAAACAUUUGUAUAGGUCAAAGGUGACCUUUAAUUUAUAAAACACUUCAUUUUUAUGUAAAACACGUGUAUAAGUCAGAGGUGACCUUUUUUUCUGAAGCUCUUUAUUUGUAUUUGAAACAUUUGUAUAGGUCAAAGGAUACCUUUAAUUUCUGAAGCACUUUAUUUUUUAUGUAAAACACGUGUAUAGGUCAAAAGUGACCUUUUAAUUUCUGAAGCACUUAUUUUGUAUUUCAAACAUUUGUAUAGGUCAAAGGUGACCUUUAAUUUAUAAAACACUUCAUUUUUAUGUAAAACACGUGUAUAAGUCAGAGGUGACCUUUUUUUCUGAAGCUCUUUAUUUGUAUUUGAAACAUUUGUAUAGGUCAAAGGAUACCUUUAAUUUCUGAAGCACUUUAUUUUUUAUGUAAAACACGUGUAUAGGUCAAAAGUGACCUUUUAAUUUCUGAAGCACUUAUUUUGUAUUUCAAACAUUUGUAUAGGUCAAAGGUGACCUUUAAUUUAUAAAACACUUCAUUUUUAUUUAAAACACAUGUAUAGGUCAGAGGUGACCUUUAAUUUCUGAAGCACUUAAUUUUUAUUUAAAACACGUGUGUAGGUCAAAAGUGACUUUUUUUCUGAAGCUCUUUAUUUUUUAUGUUAAACACAUGUAUAGGUCAAAAGUAACCUUUUAAUAUCUGAGGCACUUAAUUUUUAUUUAAAACACGUGUAUAAGUGAAAGGUGACGUUUAAUUUCUGAAGCACUUAUUUUGUAUUUGAAACAUUUGUAUAGGUCAAAGGUGACCUUUAAUUUAUAAAAUACUUCAUUUUUAUUUAAAACACGUGUAUAGUUGAAAGGUGACCUUUUUUUCUGAAGGUCUUUAUUUGUAUUUGAAACAUUUGUCUAGGUCAAAGGUGACCUUUAAUGUCUGAAGCACUUAAUUUUUAUUUAAAACACGUGUAUAGGUCAAAGGUGACUUUUUUUUUCCUGAAGCACUUGAUUUAAUUUUGUAAUUUUUUGACAGGUCAAAUGUCAUUGUUUUUUAUAAAGCACUUAAUUUAAGUUUAAUAGGUCUUUUUUUCUGCUUAAAUCUGGGCUUUCGGUGUGGAACUCCAGGUCUUUCGGGUUGACGUCCUUUUGGUUUUUCAGAUCCUUUUGCUCCAUCACAUUCUGAUCCGCUGCUCCGGUGAUUCCAGCCAGUUAAAAGCAGGAAAGGGAAAAUGUGGGGGAGCCCCAAUUUUUGUUUUCCACCAUCUCCUGCUUCUGAUUGACUGAACUCACCUGGCCCAGUAGAUCAACAUGAAGUAAAAGAAGAAAAUCUGUAAAAGAAGCAGGAUGUCAUGCCUCCAAACCUGGAGUUCAAGAGCCCUGCAGUAAGUGUGUGAUAGAAUAAUUGAGCUCUCAAGGACACUUUAUUCUGUCCUACAGCAGUUUAUUUUUAAUUUUGUAGAUUGCUAACUAUAAAUAAAUUGCCCUUGUCUCUUAUUUGCUGUUCGCAGUUUCCUUCAUAACAUACAUUUUGUGACAAUGAACGAUGCCUUGCAUGUUUGGUAAAUGACUUUAUUAGUCAGGAAGUGUAAAAUGAGUACUACACUCACAAUUGCCUUAGUUACAGAGCUGUUAACCAAAGUUAGAAUAACUGCAGUUGUAUGGGUGGUCCCCAUGGGAAACCAAAAUUCAGGUUAAUUUUUCAUGUUAGUGUUUUCAGUAUUUGAAGUGAUAACACUCCUUGAAAAAAAAUUGCAUUAUUUUAGCAGUUAAAACCAUGUCAGAAAACCUUGUAGAAAAGGUGGAUCCCACCAGGAGGGUCCUAGUCAGGGGACCUCACGGGGUAAGAAAUACAGGUAUGUGUGUGUGUGUGUGUGUGUGUGUGUGUGUGUGUGUGUGUGUGUGUGUGUGUGUGUGUGUGUGGGUGGGUGUGCGUUUGUAUUUCUACCCUUGUGGGAUCCGGGACCUGAAAUUUCACCCACCUCGUGGGUACCAAUUUUUUCCGUGGGGACCGAAGCUCGGUCCCCACAGGCACAAGCAUUGGAAUCAAUAGAAAAAAGCCUCCUGAUAUGCCUAGUGCUGUUUUUUUUGCAAAGUAAAAUCGGUCCCCUGGAGAUGACUUUUCAUGACAAGGUGUGUUUCACCAUGACAUCCUAGUGGUCAGAGUGGGUAUAGCAGUGUGUGACGUUGGACUAAUGGGGACAUUUUCCUGACAAAGUGUGUACUUUUUCAAUAUCAUAUUUUAUGAUUACAAAUAUUGAAAUUACUUUUGGAAAGUGACAAUAUUUGUAUUGUCAAACAGAUAUACUUAGUUGACACAAAUUAUGUCAUUUUUAAAGCCAGGAUAACCUGGCAAUUUCUACUCAAAUGUCAAAGGUAAAAAAGUGAGGCUUGAGGCCUAGUCCUGAAACAACACCUUUUGGGGUCUUGUGAGGGGAAAUGUGAUCGUAGGAGCAUCACACUUUGUACAGUAGCUAAGUACAAGGUUUUAACCAUUACUGGUAAGUUUGGUAGUUCUCACUCUAAGCAGAUCUGAGAAAUUAAAGAAAACACCUCAUCAGGAAAAUCUAGGAUGAGCUUAUUGUAAAUGUUUGCGUCUCCCUUGGUGGCCCAGUUUACGCAAGAGACUCCAAACUCUGGAUGGUGCAUUAGGGUAACAGCCUGAUGUAAUGAAAGAAGUUUCAGCCCCCCAGGUCAAAGCAUUGUUCCUGUAGCCCCCUGUACCCUUGUUUCGGCCUACUCCAAUUCAAGUGUGAAAUCAAGAUUAAAAAUGCUUCCCUUUGGCCAAUAAA